AUGGCGAUCAUGAGGUUGCAGUUUGAGGAGUCCCCUCCGGAGCGCGCCUCAUCGCAGCCUAUGCCCAUUAAUGGGAAGGCGGCUGAACCCCACGUCAGCUCGGACGGCGUCCACUCAUGCGCCGCCAGCUGGCGCCAGCUGGCGUGUAAUGGGCUGAGCCUGCAUCAGCGGAUUGUGGGGGGGGCGCAACGGAUGCCUCCAAAGCUGAACCUGGAUGCCACAACGGAGGGUGAGGGGAGUGCUCUAGAUGGGGGUGACGACAUCAUGGGGGUUGGCAGGGGGGGGGGCAAAGAUCAGCUGAUGGCUGAGGCGCUGGGCUGCCUCAAUGGAACGGUGCCUGUAGAGGUCUGGCCGGACGGACAAAAGUGCCUGGCUUUCGAGACGCUCGGGGCGCCCCCAGGCGCUGAGGGGGAAGUUUGCUGCGAGCUGUGCGGGCGCACCCAUCCGGCGCGCCAGCUGGCAGCCCACAUCCUGCGGCAGUGCGCGAACGUCGACGUGGCGUGCCCGAAGCCGAACUGCGGAUGGAAGGGCCGCCGGAUGUUCCUCAAGACGCACCUGAGCGAGGUCUGCGCCUUUGUCGUCGUCCCGUGCUCCUUCGCCGCCAGCGGUUGCCCCGCGCGCGUGCCACGUGGCAAGCUGAAGAGCCACCUCAUUGAAGACAUCGGAAAUCACUUGCUUCUGGUCGCCCACGAGAACUCGCAGCUGCGCGCGCGCCUUCACAGGAUGGGUUCCGCCCAAACCCUGCUCCAAACCCGCGUCGAUAACCUCGAGACAGUGGUCCUGGUCGACCACGAGGAGGACGACGCCGCGGACGCUGCCGCGUCUGAAGGCUCGUCAGCAUGA